UCAAGCCGUCGCGACGACGCGUGCGUAUUCUCCCGUAACCGUCGGUGGUGCCACGGAGCCUCGCGGUCGAGACUCGCGUGUACCGCACGCGGCGUGACUUGUCGAGCGUGUGCCCACCUGUUCGCGUCGGCGAUCGUGGCGGGUGGUCUCCUCCCUCCCCCCCCCUCUCCGUGAAUGCGUUCACGCAAUUAGUGCUCCGCUCCCUCCACCACGACCUCCGUCGUCCCGUCUUCGUCGGCAGCGGGCGCGAGCAGAGUUGACAGUGCCAUCGGUCUGAGAUCGCGCGCGCGGACAGCAGUCCUGGUGUGAUUUCGCGAGAGGAUAAUUCGCGUGUAUCGUGGAAGUGGAGUCUCGUGCGGGAGAACGCGUCCGAGUGCGAAAGGAUCGGCGAAGGGUACGGACGGAGGAGGGGACGGUCGUUAUUGACGUUGCUGCUCUCGGAGUGCGGUAUCGGUUUCUGAUCGAGAUCACGGAUCCCUGCGGAGGAACCGCGGCACUCCGCGGUGCAGGACGAGGGGUGUUUCUCGGUGCGAUCGUGUUGACCGCCGACGGGCGAAAGGAUGAUUAAAGGAUCGCCGGGACAUACCUAUUGACUCGUAUCGGCCUGUUUGCGCGCUGAUCAGCCCGCCGUGGAGGACACGACGGCGCUCCUCCGAUAAUCCCGACCGGUAAUCGAGCAACGUCGAUUGAUCCGCGGGGGAAUCAUCGUGGAGGCUCCGGGAUAACUGGGAUUCCCCGUCCGUACGUGAUCUCGUCACGAUGAUUCGUAACGCGCCCAUGUGCCGUUGAUAGGUCGACCGGUGUCUGUGCGUGUGUGUGUGUGAGAGGACGGUACUUCUUGGGGAGCGACUCCGCGAAGAAGGCGCCGACACACCGUCGUCGACCAGGGCUCGUUGAUUACCAGUGCAAAUCGGCCCUUUAAAUGAUGACUGUCGGAUGACGACCGACAUGGCGACGUCGUAAAACCGACGCGGCAUCCCGUCCCCUCCCUCCUUCAUGGACCAUAAGCGAUACCGCGUGGGGAACGAAAUGCGCGCACUCGCCAUCGUGGGACACCGUGAGAAACGCGCUCUUUAACGCGACUCUCGCUUACCCAAAACGUCGCAGGGCGAUCACGCCAUGGCGCAUCGCCAGGAUCGCGCGUGAACGAUCCGCAUGUCUCCUUAGAAAAGGAGAGAGAGAGAGAGAGAGAGAGAAAGGAAGACUCCAACUUCCUCAUCGGGACGAUCCGGGACAAGCUGGUGACUCAGGCGACGUGCUCGGCGCUGGUACCUGACGAAGGUGCAUUCGGGCGAUCGUAAUAAAAAGAGGGAACGGAAGAAAGAAACGUGCGUGCCGACGGUAACGAGAAAAUUGCGCGAACGCGGAGUUGGCGCGUCGACGUAGCAGCCGGGAACGUACGCGAGUGUCAUAAAAAAGAGCACGCGAGGGAUGCGGCCCACGGACGGAGGGUGGGGUCUUCGGGCACCGAUAAGGCUUAUCCGGAGAUACGAUGGCCGACAACUGCGCUCGUCGCCGAGUCGUCGUCAGUCGUAGUGUUCAGGUGCCGUCGACGAGAUCGUCGCUCAGGUCGCAGUGAUAUCGUGAUUCGUGCGUCAUUCGUGAACGGCAGCAGCAUCACCGCCACCACCAUUAACGAGGAGGUGUCUUGAGUGUCUCGCUUCUCCGGAUCAGACGCCCGGUGUGUGAUACCGCGGGUGUCCCCGAGAGGGUUCUCCAGAAGGGUCUCGUAUUCGCAUCUGGGAUCGUGUCGCAGCGUGGAUCUCCUAAUACAACGCUCCUCCGAUACUCGUCUGUAACGAUCUCGAGUUCGUACGAAAGGGACGUAAAAACGAUCGAGCGCGAGAACUCCGCGAGGCUCCUUCAGCACGGGAGCGUGCUUCCACCGGGCGCGCCGCUUUUGCGUCGUCUUCGUCGUCCUCGCCGCUUUGGCGCGCUUUAAGUCCACGUGUGAUGAGUGUGUGCUUCUUCCUGUGCUGAGCUCCCGACCGGUGGAUCGGAACUAUCCGCCGCGAGCGAAUCGCCGCGGGAGGAAACGAAAGCGAAAGCGGAAAGGUGUGCGCGGGUGUGUUUGUCGUUCGCGCGUAGACCGUACGCUUUAGAGGUGUCGAAGCCUGCCUGUUCUCGCGCACGUACGGUAGAGUUUGAGGGUUGACGCCUUCAAACCGCAAGCGUACAAUAAUCCUGUCUUCCUCAAGGAUAAACGAACUCGAGCGAGGGAGGCACCGAGAGCCGGUCGCCAGGCGGACCCCCAUGAAAAUGCUACAGUCGCUGAACGCUCUGGCGGGUAAAAUCUCGCCGGGCUCACCCACCGACAGCAACGCCAACAAGGUGCACAUGCAUAACAACAACAACAACAAUAACAACAACGUGGUGCACCACCACCAUCCGUACUCGAAGCAGCAGGUCCAGCCGUCCCCGUCGCACUCGGCCAACGGCGACCAGAAGGAAAACACCGUAAUGAACAACAACAGCGUGGAGCAGCCGGACCCGGACAACAUAAAGAUGUUCGUGGGUCAGGUACCUCAUGACAUGGACGAGAACGACCUGAGGACGAUGUUCGAGGAGUACGGCCGAGUGCACCAAAUAAAUAUCCUGCGGGACAAGAUCACCGGCAGUCACAGGGGAUGUUGCUUCGUGACCUUUUACACCAGGAAAGCGGCGUUGGCGGCGCAAAACGCUCUUCACAACGUCAAAACCUUCAGCGGGAUGCGCCAUCCAAUCCAGAUGAAGCCUGCCGACAGCGAGAACCGGAACGAGCGCAAGCUGUUCGUUGGUAUGCUGUCGAAGAAGUUCACGGAGAACGAUGUUAGAAACAUGUUCAGCGUUUACGGGAUGAUUGAGGAAUGCUCGGUGCUGAGGGACAGCACCGGGAAGAGUAAAGCCUGUGCCUUCGUUACCUUCGCUAGUAAGCAGUACGCGAUCAACGCCAUCAAAGCUCUACAUCAUUCCCAGACCAUGGAGGGUUGCUCGUCGCCGCUAGUCGUGAAAUUCGCCGACACGCAAAAGGAAAAGGAUCAGAAGAGGAUGCAGCAACUCCAGUCGAAUCUCUGGAACAUCGCGGGAGUCAACAUCACGCCGCAUUACCUGACCAACGACACGCAUACGCUGGCGCCUGCGUCGCUGCAGCUGUUGCAGCAGUUGCAGGCGACGACGAGCGCCGCGACUCCGGUCGCCGCGAACACGGGGGCGAAUGCACUGUCGAAUGUGCAACAUCAGUUGCUGCUGCAACAACACCUUGGCCUUGGUGCGGCAACACCUGCCCACGCCGCGCCCCCCGCCGUGCCGAGUCCGCCGGAAAUCAACCCCGCGAAUCUGCAGAGUCUGGCCACUCUCGCAUCCCUGAGUAAUACUGCUGGUGAGUAUGCGAAUGCGGGAGUGUCACCGAUGAGUAUGCAGAACCUCGUCACCCUGGCAGCCAUGACCGGCGGAAACGGCAAUCUCCAGGUGUCGCCAAACACGUUAAGCGGCCUGGCGAAUUCGACAGCAGGUAUGUCGCUAUCUGCCCUUCUGGGGAAAACAGGAAAUACAGGGUCUACUGGGGGCAGUCUCAGUCCUGUGACAUCCCUUACGCUCAACUCCUUGACGGGCACGCCGUUGAAUGGGCUUCAAGAUUCGCUGAGCAACGCUUAUUCCAGUUUGCAACAGUAUGCAGGGUUCCCGGCGUUCACAGCUGCUGCGGCUGCUGCGGCGGCGGCGGCGCAAAAGACGAAAUUCAGCAACACGGACAAGCAGAUCGAGGGUCCCGAAGGCUGCAACCUCUUUAUCUAUCACCUACCGCAGGAAUUCAGCGACACGGACCUCAUUUCCACCUUUUUGCCGUUCGGCAACGUCAUAUCCGCCAAAGUUUUUAUAGAUAAGCAUACGCACAUGAGCAAAUGCUUCGGUUUCGUGUCGUACGACAACGCGUCGAGUGCGCAAGCGGCGAUCCAGACGAUGCACGGUUUCCAGAUCGGCAUGAAGCGACUGAAGGUCCAGUUGAAACGGUCCAAGGACGCCUCCAAACCGUACUAGCCGACAUCACAGAGCGUUCGUAGCAGGUGGCCUGUGACGUUGUGACCGUGUACUCUCGAUCGGAGUCGCCGUGCCAUGUCAGUCUCAGUCAGUCAAAUCGGUAUCGAUCGUUCGCUCGACCGGUCGAUCGAUCAGUCACGACUCCCCGGUCAGUCUUUCGAUCAAUUUAUCUGUGUCUGUCGGUGCCUGUACAAAGAACAACACCCGCCCAAAACGCGCUCUCACUUCCGCCGUAAGAUCCUCCACUCCGCCGACCUUUUCUUCUCUCUCUCUCUCUCUCUCUCUCUCUCUUUCUCUCUUUCUUCGUCUCCUACCCUCGACCCUCUCGCGCGCCCGUGUCCACGCGAUCGCACCGAGAGGAGAUCGCCGUCGAUCUACGAAAGUCACACACGCUUCGUUCUCUCGAUCUCGUGCGCGAUACGCUUACGGCCGAAUUCCCGUGGACGACCGUCGGACGAAUUCACGCGGACGCCGGAGGUGUGCGGCAAGUCGCGACCGAAAAAACUGCUGCGCGCAUGCCGAGGAACACGACGGAGAGAAAACGCCAGGAAAGCGGAACGAGAGGCGGAAGACGAUGCACCGACGGCCGAGCUGGGUUCCUCGAACGAAGCUAACGCGCUAUGUUAACCGUCUGUCCACCCCGGUCCUCUGUAUAUACAGAUAUAUAAAUAUAUUAUACAUAUAUGUACAUACGCAUAUAUGUGCACGUGUGUAUGUGUGUGUAUAUGUGUGUGCGCGUGUGUGUGUGUGCGUGUGGUAUAUGCGAAUGUACGCGCGUAUGUCGCGGACGCGGCGAGAAUUCUCGUAGCUAACUCGCAAUGAGCGACGCUCUUCGUCUUACGCGGUCUUCACAAUGAAGCAGGACAAAAAGACAAAAGGAACGCGCGGCACGCGCCGCAAACCGUGUGCGAGAAAUUUCUUAUACAUAACUAUACAUAAACAUAGGUAUACAUACAUGUUCAUAAAUCGAAUUAUCGACUGAAAACUAUUUUUAUCGGCUCUAUUGUCGGGAUCGCUGUCGGCGCCUCGGCGCUUGUUUAUAUAUAAAUAAACACACACACACACACACACACAUGUGCAUAUAAAUCGCUACGAAUUGAUAUAGUAGAGGCGAGAUGAAUAUGAAUGCGUGUAUGUGUCUGUCUGUGUGAAGGGACGCGAAAGACGGAGGCUGGAAAUGGAAACGCGAAAGGACGAACAAUGAUCGUGCGGGACCGGCGCGCGUGCGAUUUCUUAGGCUUAGAUCGUGCAAAUAUACCAAAAACGGAACGGAUACAAAGAAACAAACAAAACCGAUAGAGGUAGCGAAGAAGCCGAGUAUAAGAGACAUUUUGUAAUAAUGACUUUGUGAUAAGAUUGUAUCGUGUAGGAGACGAGAGGUAUAUAUGCGGGGCCGCUUUCUGAUCCCGCAUGGCGAAAUUUACCGAGCGAAAUCACCACGUUCGAUCGCUCACGAUUAGCGCGAAUCGGACGCGUAUUCGCGCGUUCGGCACUAUCGCCGCCAGAAACACUGCGAACGUAGACAAGUACGCGAAAUGCGGCGAAUUUUUAACGAAUUUUACCGUCGGCCGAGUUUCCCGACCGCGCACUCACAUCGUCUUCUUCGUCGGGUUCGCGAGUCGCAUCUUGCGCGAACCGUAGCUCCCCGCGUGAACUGGAAGAAGGACCGAUCGGACGAGUUGAAAGUCUCCACAUACUAACGCGGAUGGUUGAAAGGAAAGAAAGUCUGUCGAGGGACGAUAUGUCAGCAUGUAAAUUUGAGAUUCAUUUUUAGAGCUAUCACAAAUAUUCGCGAAUGUGAGUCUAUUUAUUUGGUAAAUUGUUAAUCGGGAAAACAUUUCGAGUUUUAGGGAAAUGAGAAGUUCCGUCAGCUGCAGAAAAAAAAUCGGUUUGUGGGGACUUGACGUUGCGCUAAUGUAAAUUAACAAUGUGCUUCUUCGUACAGGAGAUCUAUUUUCUCCGCUUUGUUUCUACGAUAAUUAACAAUCAUAAUUCUUGUUACAUCUUACUUCUGAAAGGAGACGAACGUAUCGGUGUUUAUGUUGCGAGCAGAUUUCGCGAUAUUUGGAAAAAGUAAGUGUUUAGAUUAUUUUUUGAAUGCGCGGGGAAGACAUAAGUGACGAAAUUUCAAGGUGUCGCGUAGAUGUUUUCAAAGUCACACGACAAGACGUUUACAACGUUUGUAGAACGUUUUCCCCCGGAAGUUUCUUCAGAUCAUUUUCCGAACGACGGAGAAGCGUAUUACAAGCUGAAACAACGGGCGGGAAUCGAAGACGUAUCUUGCGCAGCUUCCUUCUGACGUUCCUCGAGAAACCUUCGUACUAUCCUUUCUCUUGACAUUGUCAUGAUGUCCUUUCAUGAUCACUGUCCACACCUCGAGUUUCGACAAAAUACAUAUCCUCCAAUCCCUUAUUUUUUCUCGAGUAUCUUUGGCGAUAUUGGACAAAGCAAACUUGCGUGUAUUUGAUUAUUGGAUGGCAGUUAUGUUUUGUUUUGUUUUUUUUUUUUGUUUAAUAAAAUGGCAUUUCGUAGUCUUUUUUUUUGUUUUUAGGAUAUUCUGAAAUAUUAUUUCGAAACUUUUAAAUAUGAUAUAAAUAGGAUAUCGUUGAAAAUGAAUCAACAAUCAAUCAAUGGUGAUUAUGAUCAUAUAACGAUUUGUCAUUAAAAAAAUAAUGAAUUUUUGGGAUAUCAAAAUAUAUUAACUUCAUUCGCGUUAUUAUUAAAUGCUAUCCCACAGUUAGAUUUAUGUAAUUUUGCUUUGCCACCAACAACAUUAACAUGCACACGUGUGUCAGACCAAAUGAGCGGAGCAAUCGGUGUCGUUACGAAUGAAACUCUCACGAACGAACAAGCUUUAUCCGACACUUGCGAUCGUCUUGGAUGAGGGGAGGCGUCGCGCUCCGUGCAAAUUACCAAAGAUGUGUCUUUAAUUAAUUGAUGUACUUACACAACGCUAACGACUAAUCCUCCACGUUGGUGUUGAGCGUCUAUUCGUGAAGCACAACAAAAUCUGUGUGUAGAAUACCAUUACUUCGAACAGAUUAUUAGAAAAAUAAUAGUUGAAAUCGAGUUUUUGUGUUUACAAAUGUCAGUUUCCAAUAUUCAAAAUAAUACUGUGAGGAUUAAUCAUUGCAUUAUAUCAUUUAAACACUGAAUCCGUACGCAAACAUCAUAAUUGAUACGAUAUCUCAAAAUUGCACACUUAAAAUAUUGAAAAUUCUAAAAGGAUUACGGUAUUCAAUACACAGAUUAAUAUGUGUGGGUGAUCAAUGCUGACACACACGUUAAGUCGGUCGACUAACAAUAGCAAACGAGCACGCGUACACGUUAGUCUUGUGCGUAUAUACAAAUAGAGCCUAGUCACAAAUAUCGUUAACAAUUGAAAAGUCGUUUCUAUGUUCGUGUCAUUCUUAUCAUCGUCCCCCCAUCGUCCAGCACGUGCGUUGACGUUACUGUUAGUGCUGCUACGUUUAUUAUAUGUGGCUAUUAUUAUUAUUAUUAUUAUUAUUAUUAUUAUUAUUAUUAUUAUUAUUAUUGCUACGUUCAUCCUUAACUAGUUAUACUUGUUGCUCUAAUUUGAUUGCUAUUAUUAUUAGAAUUAUUAUUAUUAUUAUUACUAUUAUUCAUAUACCUAUAAUUAUAUUAUUUUAUAUUAUUAUUCUCUUAGUAUUAUUAUUAGUACUAUAGUGGCGAAUGAUGGCCUCGUUGGCAAUUAUUAUUACUAUUAUGACCAUUACUUCUAUUACUUUUAUAUGUAUAUUAUCGUACUUUGCGCGACAGCGAUCGCGAUUAUCGCUUGUUACUGUUACCGAUAUCGAUCGCUCGACCCAAAUUUAGCGCCUCGAUGGCAGACUAUCAAUGUAGAUUAGGACCAAGUCAACCGGGUAUUUUUAUCUUCGUUCUUACAGUACACUGCGUACGAACGUGUGGUUUUUCGCCAUAAAAUAACCCGAGUCGCGAACAUACGCGCGAUCAUUACAUGGUCAAAUAAGGAUCACUCUUUGAGACGGUCGUUUCCUAAACGAAGCACGUUAUAAUAGAGCGGGACAAUGUACUUACACAACGUUAACGAUUCGUUUUCGUGUUUGCUCGCGUAUUAAUUAUUCCAAAAAUCGGACCAAAUUGAUUAACGAGAGCGAACUAAAAUAUUUGAGAUCUCCUCUUUAGCGCUAAGACAGCUGUCAACAUUAACAAAUGUUAAUUACUAAUAUUGCGAGACGCUAUCGUUUUUCUUUUCUGCAUAAGAGACAUACAUACAAAAAAAUCCUUGUGUAAAUGUCUCAAUAUUUCUUGCGAAAUGGAAACGAAGAGGAGUGUUACUUAUGAUACAUUCUUACGAUAUGAAUCGUUCUCAAUUCUUGUGCAACCAGAAAAUCUGAAUUUUUAAUUUCACAUUACUUAGCAAUUGCAUUAUAACGCACAUUUACAACGUGGAACGCGUAAUUAUGAUGUAACUAAUACUUAAGUAAUCCCGCCGCACAUUAGUGAUAUAAGUUUCGAUUUCCUUUCCUCUUUCUUUCUCGCAACACGAACCGACCAAUUUGGUGAUCCUGUUCGACCGACGUUUCAAUGGCACGGUCGUCUACCCGAAUUAUUAUUUUUACGUUCGCAAAAUCCAAAUUUGUCGAUAGAUUAUAUUUCUGUUUUUACAUGUUUCAGUUAUUAUAGUCAUAAGACUACUCUGUUACCGUCGAGUACACCGUCUUAGCGUCGUUCAUCUGUCGUGCUUCUUUAUUUUUUUGUUUUCUUACAUGCUAGAAAUCGAAUUUGUUCUUUUUCUUUAGUUUUGUUCGUCCACCGCGUUUCUCUCUUCUAGUGUGUAAAAUGUCGCCUUUUUCUUUUAUCAGAGAGUGGGAUGCGUCCCGAACGGAGCUUUCGAGAUGACGAAUGAAUCAUGUCCAGUCGAAUGCAAAUUUUUUCUUAGUUUUAGCACGUUGGGUGUUGGCUGCCAUUCGCUAGUUUGCAUGUAAACUUUGCUAAUAUUGUAUAGUUUAAUUUUAUAGAAGAAAAGGAAGAGCAACACACACGGUAGAAUUGACCGAAGUUAAUAAUCGAUUGAUUCAAUUAAAUUAGUCAUCGAAAAUCCAGAAGUGCCGUCGAAAGCUAGAAUUUGAUAUUGACAAAUACGUUCGUGCGUUGAAAUAAUGUACAAUAUAUGGAACAUCAAAAUUCCGUCAGCACCGAAUAUCACAUUAUAAUUGCCUCCAGCACUCAACAUGUUAAACGUUCUUAAUUUAAGCAUUGCAAAUAGCGCGAUGUCCAAUAAUACUUAAACAUUGAGGGGGGAGGAGGGGGGGGGGGAGUAUUUGCGUGUGAUACAUGUGGCAUGUUUAAUUUAUCAAAGUGCGAGACGAAGGACAACAUUUUUACAAAUUUACAGCUUGCACGUAUGUUUAGACGAUUGAGAUAUUUUACCGAUAACUGUCACGUUACGUGUUAAGUUUUUCUGUUCCAAGUGUCUACUAUCGACGUGUACGUAUAAUAUUUGAGUCACGUAUCAUCGAGAUGCUCCGAGAGUCGCGGUCGAUCCCACUCAUUUGAUGAGACCGAUUCAGUUCUCAGCGAUCGAAGGAUAGACAAUGCGAAUAGAGUAUCGAAAUUUAUCAUUGUGGUUACCCUCCCACGUGUAUAUUGCGACGGCUUUUCAUGCGCACGCGCGCGCGUGUGUGUACGGGCAUUAAUUGUGUUUUUGUAUGUAUGUAUCUUUGUCACGUACGGACGUACACAAAUGAUGAGCGAUAUUGUUCAUCGCCGGAGUUUAACGUCGCGCUCUGCGUUAUUACUCUUAAUUCUCCAUUCUUUGUUUAAUUUUCUUUUUUUUUUUUUAUAUCUUUCUUUUUUCUUUUUGUUCAACUACCGUAACUACUUUUCGGCUUUGAACGGCGACGGAGAAAUCGCGGAGAUUAUGUUAGCGUAUCGUUGAGUAUACUUAUAUUUUUCUUUUCUGUUCUACUUCGUCCACAACGCGGUCAGCAUGUGACGUAUGUUGAAAAUAACAAUAUAUAUAUUUAUUUUGUUGUUUUAA